CCCUGUUCCACUCUAGCGGGAGGCUGAGCGGACUUCGCCCCUUCUUCCUCCUCCUCUUCUCCGUCCUGCUGGAAGUCUGUUUGCCGGGAGCUGACACUAACAGCUGCAUAAAAAGAACCAGGAACUAAACAUGGCUGACCUCAAGGCUCAGUUUGACGCAGCAGCAGAGGAGGUGAAGAAGCUGACGGCGAAGCCGGCCGAUGAAGAGAUGCUGCAGGUUUACUCUCUGUUCAAACAGGCCACCGUAGGAGACGUCAACACAGCUCGUCCUGGGAUGUUUGACUUCACUGGGAAAGCUAAAUGGGACGCCUGGGAGAAGCAGAAAGGAAAGAGCCAAGACGACGCCAUGAACGAGUACAUCAGCCUGGUCAACCAGUUGAAGGAGAAAUAUGGAAUGAAUUAAACUAUGAAUUAUAACCCUACAAGGCCAACACCUGGAUGCCCCCCCCCCCCCCAUCCUGACACUGAAGCGCCUUACAACGACCAGCAGUGUCCUUAAACACAGAGGACUGUGUGCUGGACUGUGAUUAUGAGAUUAAACUGAUGAAGAAGCAGUGAUCAGAAGUCCGAUUGAAUAUCAUGUUUUCAACCUUGUGUAUCUGCAAAGUCCUGUCAUUUCAAUAUUAAAGCAUUCCUCUUGAAUACC